AUGACACCUUCAUUAUUACUACCAAUCAUGGAUGACAUAAAUCGCUUUUCUCCAGCAACAAAUCGUUACUCAAUACAUGAUUAUGGACAAGGUUAUCGCGUCUAUUCCUAUGAAUUUGAUUUAAUUGGCUACGAACCUGAACAGAUAACUGUCCUGCUUGACACAAACGGUCGCCUACGCAUCCGUGCCUGUCGGUCUCUAUGUCAAGAAUUUCGACGGGAGUACAAUCUUGGCGGACCGAAUCUCGAAAGCAAACUUAUACGAAACACACUCGAUAACUACGGACGGCUCCGUGUUGACGUCGAAGUUCAACCACGUCAAAAUAACUUAUUAACUACGGAUGAUAACAUUCUUACAUUUGAUCUACAUGGAUAUCGACCGAAAAACAUCACUGUUCGAAUCAACGAACACGGCCUAUUGAAAGUCACAGCACAACAUAGUGAUGAGACAGUUGGCCACCGUAUUAAUAAAGAAUAUUAUCGACAAUAUCAAUUACCGAAACAUAUCGAUCGUGAUCGUAUACGAGCACGUUUAGAUGAAAAUCAAAUUCUAACAAUUGAACUACCUCAAUCAUUACGAAGACGAAAAUCAUCUUGGCAACCUUACGACGAUGAAAAUCCAUGUCUUAGAUCUAAAAACUCCCAAUGUUGUCAUGUAAUGUAA